AUGAGAGGAACAAAUGAAAAAGAAUAUUAAUUAUAAAAUAUAAUUUUUAUAGUUGUUUUAUAUAAAAUAGCAAUGUUAGUAUGGUUAAGAAAAUAAAAAAGAUUAGCAUUAGAAAUAUACGAAGAUUAUAAUGAUUCUAUUUACAUUGAUUGCCAGAAUGAGUUAAUAAUCUCUCAAUUCUGGCCGCUGUUUGUGACUAUAAUGAAAAUCUAUUUGCUUUAUAGUAUUGUAUUGAUGAUGAUAAAUAAUAUCAAAGGAUUUGAAGAGUAUAAUAAUUAGACUGUCACUCUUUAUACAUAUUUAUUAAUUUUGCUUCCUUUAGCUAUGAUAGUUUACGAUAGAUGGAUUAUCCAAAAAUUAUCCAAAAAAUAGAAAGUAGCACUUACAUAAAUUAUUUUUAUUAUAUUGGAAACACUUUUAUAGCUAUAUUUAUCUCAAAUGCUAAUGGAAUAUUCAAGUUUAUAAAGAGUAAUUGGGAUAUUAUUAAUAUUUACAAUUAUGCUAAUCGUUAUGGCAACAAUGAACAAUUUCAAAAUAAGGUUAAUGAUUCUAGUCAAAUUCUUUAUUUACUUAGGCUAUAAAACCGAAUUUGCUAUAUUUUAAUAUUAGUUCACAUAUAAUAUUGCUUUUUUGAAUUUUUUAUUAGUUUAUUAUUGGGAUCAGCAGAUAAUUAGGUUGAGUAAAAUAAAGCAUUUUGCUGAAUAAUCUCUAAGAAGCAUACCAACAGCAGUUUGUAUAUUGAAUUCUGAUUGCUAACAGGUUUUAUUUUCAAAUAGAUACAUGAAAAAAUUGAUAGAUAAAUCAAAUACAAAGACAAAAACAUUUAUGACUAAGUCUGUCAAAUAGGACUAUCUGUUUGAGACACAACCAUCAAUCAUGAACAAUUAUGAUGAGAUAUUUUUAUUUUUUUCUUAAAUGUUUGCAAAUAUAGAAGAAGUUAAAAAUUAAUUACCAGCUGAUUCUAGCAAAUUCAAUCUGGAUAAUCAGGAUGAGGAAUAAUUAAACUUAAAUUAAAUAAUCGAAUAUAUCAAUAAGGCUGACAAAAAGACUUAAGGAAAAAUAUAUACCUUAAGAUGUUAAUUUAUAGACCGCCCAGAAUAAGCCUAUGAUGAAUCUUAGAAAGUUGUAAUUGAAGUAAAGAUGAAAACACUUUUAUAAUAUGAAGAUAAUAAACAUGCAACUUUAAUAAAUCUUUAUGAUAUAUCAACUAAUUUAAAGUCUAUAUAUUAUAAGAAUUUGAAUUAGUUUAAAAGUAAAGUAAUAAGAUCCAUAUCUCACGAAUUAAGGACUAGAUUGAAUGCUAUUUAAGGUAUGAUUUAGAUGGUUUAAAAUUACAAUCAGAAAUUUGAUAGAGAAGUAUAGAAAUAUUUAAAGGCAGCUUUUAAUAAUUGCAGAAUUUAAAAUUUUAUUAUUGGUUCAAUAAUAGAUUAUAAUUUAUUGAGGGAAAGAUAAUUGCCAAUUAAAUUAGAUAAAAUUAAAAUUAAUAUGUUAAUUUAAGAAGUUAUAGAAUUAUUCAAAGAUGAGGCAGAACUAAAAAAUGUAAAGAUUAAAUAUGAAGAUAAAAUACAGACAAAUAACUAUGAAUUGUUGGAUUCAGAGAAAUUUCAAAGCAUACUCAUUCAUAUUAUUUCUAAUAGCAUUAGGUUUAGUAAAUCUGAUGGAUUAAUUUCGGUUAGAUUAUAAAAAGAUCUAAGUAAUACUAAUAACAAUAAUUAUUAAACUAAUAGUUACAUUUAAGUGCCUGAUAAUAAAGUAUAAAUUCAUCGACAUUCAAAAUUUUAAAUCCCACAUUCCUAAUCUCCUCAAUAACAGAGAAUGAGUGGAAGCGAAUUUUGCCAUGAUUCUUCAAAUAAUAAAUAACGCAGAACAUAUAGUAAAUACAAGAUGGCCAGUUAACUUUCUUCUAUUGGAAAUUUAUCCACUAAUCUUGCAGAUGUUUAUAUGAUUGAAGUAAAAGACAAUGGUUUAGGAAUGACAACAGAAAGAUUGGAAUAAAUCAGAUCUUUACUUAAUGGGGAAGAUUUCUAAGUAGAUAGAAAUUCCAAUGACGCAUCAUCUGGAAUGAUGCUUGGAUUACGUGCUUCAAAUUAAUUAAUAAAGAACGUAUCAGGUAAAGAUGAUAAUUUAAAUUACAUAUCUAUUGAUUCAGAUAUUGAUAAGGGUACAAUUGUUUAGAUGCAUAUAAAAAUAAGAUUAAUUUCAGGAGAGAAUUUUUCAAGUGAUUUAAUAAUAAAAGAAUCUAGUGUUGAAAAUGAAGGAAUAGUUCAUUCAUAUAACAAUUUCAAUUUAAAAUUGAGUCCAUGGUCUACAGUAACUUAAAUUCACACCAAGAAUUUAUGCUAAUGUGAAAAUACCUUUAUGAUUGUUGAUGAUGAACCAUAUAAUUUAAUAGUUUUAGAAUCUCUUUUGAAGAAAUUAUAACACUAAGUAGUAAAGGCGGAAAAUGGUAAACAUUGUAUCCAAAUAUUAGAAAAAAUGCUUGAACAAUUUUAAGAACAUAAAUGUAAGGGAUAUAAAGGUAUAAUAAUGGAUUAUUAAAUGCCAAUAAUGAAUGGUGAAGAAGCUACUAAGUAUAUUACUUAGAUUUGCAAAGAUAAAAAUAUUCCACCAAUUCCAAUAUUUGGAUUAACUGGAUUCUCUGGAGAGGAUGAAAUAAAUAGACUAUUAGAUUCAGGAAUGAGAGAAGUUUACAUUAAACCAAUAACAAUCAGAACUCUUGAGGAUCUUAUAAGUAAUAUUAGUAAGAGUGAAUAUCGAUCUCUAGAUUAUGUAUCAAAUAUAUCUUAGCAAUUUUAAUUCAUUGAUAUAGAAUAUGCUGAAGAGGAUAAACUAGUGUUGGAAUAAUCAGCUCAAUGA